UCUAUUUUGGGACUUGGGAAUGGUCAAAUAGGAAAAUUAAAGUAAAUGCAUCUUGAAAACAACAAAAUUCAUUUGUUGUAGGCAGCAACAAUAUAUGCCAAGUGUUAGGUUAUGAAUUUAAUAGUCUUUCAAGUUAAAAACUAUAAAUAGAAAAUGUAAUUAAGAAUAAUAAUAUUAUUAUUAUUAUUGAAUUAAAAAAAAAAAGACCAUUUAUUAGCCUAAGUUGUUAUUCUUACAUGGGGGUGAAAAAGACAAAAAUCCAUUCAAGAAUUGCACCCAAAACAAACAGAAGUGGAGGAACAUUCUUCCUUUAUUCUAGUUUUACUGACCUGGCAAAUCAAAGAGUUCAGGGUCCUACAUUUUGUUAAGGUUGUUAUAGGAUCCUAAAUAGCCUCUCCUCCAUGCCUGGCUCGUCUUGACAAAAACAAAAACAAACAAACAAAAAAAAAAAAAACCUGUGUUUCCCUUUACAAGAUAACUUAUUCUUUUUUCUUCUUUUAUAUGUUCAAUCUUGAAGAUCAACAACUGCUUUUUCUGUAAUGGGUUGAAUGUGUUUUACAUUUUAAGAAAUAGAAACUGAGAAUGCUGCAAAGAGCAGCUAGCAAUGCAUACUCUUGGUGGUGGGCAAGCCACAUCAGGACAAAACAGUCAAAAUGGCUGGAAGAAAAUCUCCAAGAUAUGGAGGAAAAGGUUAGCAACAUGCUCAAAAUCAUCGAUAAUGACGGGGAUUCCUUUGCUCAGAGAUCUGAGAUGUACUACAGGAAGAGGCCGGAGCUUAUAGUCCAGGUGGAAGAAUCCUACCGGUCAUAUCGAGCAUUGGCAGAGAGAUAUGACCACCUGUCGAAAGAUAUGCAAAGUGCCAACCGCACCAUUGCAGCUGUCUUCCCCGAACAAGUGCAGUUUACGAUGGAUGAUGAUGACUAUGAAGGAAAUAUUUCUACAGCUUCCACUUCUCCUGAUGAUACAAACAAAGCUUAUAAAGCAUCUAAGGCUAACAUUCCAAAAGUCCCCGCCAUGCCAAAGAAAGAAUUCCGGAGCCACUCCGUGUUACUGUCGAGAAAGGGGCAGCAGCAACAGCUGAAUAGAACUGUCAGCCUUGCAACUAAAGCUGCCCCUCCAAGUUCAGGCCUCACCCGCGAACAGGCAACGGAGGAAAUUGAUAGGAUUCAGAAAGACAUUUUGGCGCUACAGACUGAAAAGGAGUUUAUACAGAGCAUAAAGGAACGUUGUUCUGCAAAAUGUAAUGAAAUCGAGAGCCAGAUAACUGAUAUGCAAGCAAGAGUCAGCAGCUUACAAGAUGAGUUUGGUAUUGGCAGUGUUAUUGACGAUAACGAAGCUCGAACUUUAAUGGCAGCCACAGCUCUGAAAUCAUGCAGGGAGACCUUGGUUAAGCUGCAAGAGAAACAAGAGCAAUCAGCUGAAGAGGCUAAAGUAGAGAACCGCAGGGUUAAGGACCUCGUCAAGAAGUUCACAAACCUUCGAGGUGAAUUUCAUUCCAAUCAAACAGAUAUGCAUGUACCAUAUAAUGAACAAGAGACUGAAACAGAAGACUUGGAUCAACAUGAUAUGGAAAUAAUGCAGCAGAAGUUAAAGAGAGAGGUGGAAGUAGAUAGUAGUUCCUCCUUCACAGUGAUGCAACUAGCAGAAAGGAUUGAUGAGCUUGUUGAGACGGUUGUUCGGUUGGAAACUGAAGUCUCUUCUCAGAAUGCUCUUUUAAACGUAUUAAGAUCAGAAGCAGAUGGACUUCAGGAACGCAUUAACACCCUGGAAGAGGAAAAGAAGAUUCUCAUGGAAAAUUCGGAGCUUAUGAGCAAUAAGAUGAAGGAGUUGGAGGAGGAGCUGCGCAGAGUGAAAAGCCUUAACCGAAGUUUCAAUGAGCAAUUUGUCCACAUUCAAACACACGUCACUGAAGCAAGUUGUAACAUUGAUCAUUUGUCAGAGAAAUUAGAAAAUGUGAAGCCGGAUGAGGAUGUGAUCGAAGAAAUGGAGGCUGCUCCUGAUGCUGAAACAGACAAAGACAAGAAAGAUAGUGUUUCAAUUAUCGGCAGUUCUGUUGAAGAAAAGGGAUCUGAGCUAAGCGAAAACCUUGAUAUCGAGUCUGAAAAUCAUCAGCCGCUGCCAAAAGAUGAAAAGCAAGAUUUUUCGGAGACGGGCACUAGUGUUGACAACCAGCAAGAGGAAGUAGGGAUUGAUGUGGAAGAAGAUGAAGAUGAACCAAAUUGGAGUCGUCUGUUAGCAGGUGGGUUAGAAGACAGAGAAAAGCACCUAGUGGAAGAGUACACUUUGGUCCUACGGAAUUAUAAAGACGUAAGAAAGAGGCUUGGUAAUGUGGAGAAGAAAAACCGAGAUGGGUUCUUUGAGUUAGCAUUGCAGAUCAGAGAACUGAAGCAUGCUCUUUCUAUAAGAGAUGAAGAGAUACAAGCUUUGCGGAAAACGAUUUCUCUGAGAAGAUGUGAUGAUGAAAAUCCUCCAAGGUCUCCUGAAAGCAUAAUGCAAGCACCUAGCAUCCCAGAUUCCAGUCACUCAACACUAGGUUCACCUCAGCAACGAAUUUUUGGUUCUGAGCAUGAACAUCAUGCAGAGUCCAGAGGUACAAUUGAUCAAUUAUCAAUUGAAGACAUGAAGAUCUCCAGUCCAAAGAGGAUGGGGAGUGCGAGAAAUAUUGACGCAGGCCAAGUUGCUUCAGCUAUUGAAGAAAAACUCCGUUCAGAAAUUGAUGGACUGCUGGAAGAAAACCUCGAGUUCUGGUUGAGGUUUAGCAGCUCAUUUCAUCAAAUACACAAGUACCAAAGUUCAGUCCAAGACCUGAAGGCAGAGCUUUCAAAGCUGAAGGACGGCAAGAGGGAAGAAGGAAGCGGUAAAGGUCAGUGUGUCAUGUUAGAAGCUCGGCCAAUCUAUAAACAUCUGAGGGAGAUACAAACAGAGUUAACAUUAUGGUUGGAGACCAAUUCAGUAUUGAAAGAUGAACUGCAGGGUAGACAUGCAUCUUUGUCCAGUAUUCAGGAAGAGUUAUCGAGAGUUUCGAAAGGGGAAGAGGCAGAACUAAGCGAAUAUAAGGCAGCUAAAUUUCAAGGUGAGAUUCUUAACAUGAAACAGGAAAGCAACAAGGUCUCAGACGAGCUGCAGGCAGGGUUGAAGCGCGUGAAUGUUCUCAAGGAGGACGUUGAGAAAACAGUGUCAAAAAUGGACGAGGAGCUUGGACUUUCAGCGGCUAAACAAAGAACACAGCGGACGAGGAUCCCGCUCCGGUCAUUCUUAUUUGGCGUCAAGUUAAAAAGGCACAAGGCGCAGAGGGCAUCACUCUUCUCAUGUACAAGUCCCGGGUUUAUUGAACAAGACAAUGACCCUCCGGUGGACGGACCCCAACAAUAGAUUCACCUGUCCGUUUUCCUUCCUUUCCUUCUUCUAUCAAAACUACUGAAGAAGGGACUUAUUCUUUUAUUUCCCAUUUAUCUGGGCUUGAUUCUCAUAGUAUUGGAUACGUUAAUAUAGGAUAUGUUCGUUUUAUUGUUU